GGUGCGGGCACAGUGAGCAAAGGGCGCUCAAGAAAAAUAUUUAAAUUAAUUAUUUAUUAAAACUGGACCAGAAUGGAUCUGGUGUUGAAUAAGAUACAAGAAAACGUCGACAGCGAAGAUGAUGACUGUGGGAGUUAUUUCCUUCAACCCGCAUCGUCCCCUUAUAACAUUGCGGAAAAAGUUCAGCAGGCAAAUAUUGAUUUGUUCAGUACAAGUAUCACAAGCAUGGAAAAAACUUCACGAGUCAAGUUCAAGGAAGAGUUAACUUCUUACGAACCUGAGUUGGUCCUAACUGAUGAUGAUGUUAACAGCCUUGAAAGCGACCCCCCUGAGAGUGAUUUUGUGCCAGAACCGGGUCAAGUUUUGGAGUACAAAAGCUCAAAUGUAAUUAAUUUAAAUAUUUUUGAUAUAAACGAGGAGGAAGAGAUUGAGGAGGACGUUAUUGAGGAGAUAGUGCCAGACGAAUGUGAUGUUACCAUCGGAGAUAAUCUUGACAAUAAAAAUACUUUUUUUGAGGAAUUUAUCGAGUCUGAAAGUACGGAACAAAACGAAAAUGUCACAGUUCGAAUUACCUCAAGUGACUGUAAUACGAAAUCGACUCUAAAACGGAAGAAAGUGAGGAAAAAAUCUCCGUUGGUUAAAACAGCAGGAAACGUGCACAUUGAGUGUCGCAACCACUGCAUUGAACGCCUGGACUUCGACAUGUCCAUGUCCAUUAAAAAACUGGAAAUUCACGAAAAGCCCGUUAAAUGCCCUUUACUGAAGCUCCAAACUCGCAAAUGUUGCGAUGAGAACAAAUCUCGUAACCCCACAAACCUUCCCUGCUACAACGGCCACCGGUCGGAAUACGGCCUGAGCUCCGAGGAGCUGGAAAAACGCGAACGCCGCAAAGAAAUAAUUAAACUGAAGGAGCAGAAACGUCAGCAAUUAAUGCGUGAGUACAAAAACCGAAAAAAUCAACAGAACGAGGAAGUGUUCUGCCAAUGGUUGAAAGAUGUAGCUCGCCGAAAAGCACAAAAACAGAAGAUCAAUACCGGUAAUGGUGCGAAGCAGUGUUUCAGUCCUAAUGUAAUUAGCUUUCCAACGAAAGUUUGCGAAAAAAUAAACGAGAGACCAAAAACUGCUAAUGAAUUCGUUCCGCGACAAAACAUAAAAAGGGCAAGGAGGCCGCACACUUCGCCCGCUUGCGUUUUUAUCGAAGUUCCGCAAAAGCUGCUGGAACGCGGAAUACAUAUAGGGGAUUUGCUGGUUACCAAUUCCAAUUUCGCAGCCAAGAAAAUGCAUAUUUUGUCCGUUUCGUCUUAAGCUUGAUAAACAUGUUUCUUCCAGUUAUUCUAGAAUGCAAUUUUCGGAGUUUUGUGAUUUCAGCUGAAGUCUUAGAAAGUUAUGGAAUCUUAGAAUAAAGCAGUACC